AUGGUAAGUCCUCAAUUUGUUUGUGAGAGAAUAGGCUUGGAAGGUGAGGAAAGGGGAAUAUUUCUCAUUCGUCGCCUGGCGACCUGUGCUAGGCUUAUUGAAAAUGGUGAGUUGAAGGAUGCAGGCUUUGGACUCAAGGACAUGGCCGGUUUUGUUUCUGCUGAUGGAGAUCCAAUGCAGAGGCUGGCUACCUACUUCAAAAUGGCUCUUAGUUACAGGUUGAUAAAAAGUAUUCGCCAUGUUCCUCAAGUCCUAUGUUUCACUAAUCCCUGGUCAACCUUAGAACAACAACAUGCCAGGAAGUUGUUCUUUGAAUAUCUCCCAUUCUUGAAGUUUGCUUAUUUGAUCACCAAUCAGGCGAUUGUUGAAGCCAUGCAAAGAGAAUCAAAGUUCCAUAUCAUCGUUCUCAAUGCAUGGAAUGCUGCUCAAUGGAGCAAUCUUCUUCAUACUUUGAAAGAACAACGAAAAGGAACAAAUACACUACAGCUUCUCAAGAUCACUGGGAUUCAUGAGAAUAAAGAGGUUUUGCAAGAAAUGGAAUCUCAGUUGAUCCAAGAAGCUAAGAAUCUGAACAUCCCCUUCGAAUUCUAUUCUAUUGCAAGACAAUUGGAGGAACUUAGCAUCGAAGAUUUUCCAGUACACCCAGAAGAGCCCAUUGCUAUAAGUUCUGUUCUUCAUCUUCAUUCUCUUCUAGCAGUUGAUAAUGAUCAUCAUCAAGUCAGUCCUAAUGAUUCAGACUUGCCGCUUAAACUGAGGAGGUUUUUAAGCGUCCUUUGGAAACUCCACCCCAGGUUGAUGAUCAUCACAGAACAAGAAUCAGAUAACAAUGGGUCUUCUUUAACAGACAGGCUUGACGAGGCACUGAACUUCUAUGCUGCGUUAUUUGAUGGCUUGGAAGCCAAUAAUGUUCUAAAAGAAAGAGCUAUGAAGAGAAUUAUGCUAGAGAGGAUGCUUCUAGGGGAAGAGAUAAAGAACAUUAUUGCAUGUGAUGGAGCUGAUAGAAAAGAGAGGCAUGGUAAGUUCUUGAAGACAUGGCGUCCAUCACUUGAAUUAGCUGAAUUCAUCAGGGUGCCUAUAGAUUAUGAGAAAAUGUUGGAGGUAACAAAGCCAUUAGUUCAGAGCUAUGGACCCGCAUACAAGUUACUAGAGAACAAUCAAUGUCUGUUUACAUGCUGGAAAAAUCGUCCACUCUAUUCCAUAUCAGCAUGGAGGUUCUGA